AUGGAGGUCGACUAUGAGCCACUCACAGAGUGGGGGUCGGCGCACGGUCUGGAACUCCAGCAAGCGGAAGACAGCUCCAUUUCGGCAUUCAAUUCUGGAGAAAAUGCAUUCCCGCCAAAAACGAUUCAAGAGGAGUGCCUCCGGUUGUGCCGUCCUACUCGAUAUGAUGGGAGGCGGGAUGCAGAGGCUGUAGAGGAGUUCCUUAGUUCCCUAGACCUAUACCUCCGCCUUCAAAAUGCCCCAGAAGAAUUCCAAAUUCUCCUGGCCCCUUCCUUGUUAGAAACGGACGCACGACGAUGGUGGCUACACUUAAGCAACGGCUCCACGUUCGCGGAGCACAUCAGGUCCAUUCAGGCCUUCCGGGACGCUCUACGUUGCAGGUUUAUCCCGACGUCCCCAAGCAAGCAGGCUAUGGCGGAACUGAGAAAGCUUAAACAGGGAAAACGGUCAGUAGAGCGCUACAUUGAGAAAUACAAGUCCUUGGUGAACCGAAGUCCUAUGGUGGCCGCGGAGCUCCACUACCAAUGGUUUAUAGCGGGGCUGGAACCCGUAUGGAAGGCGCAAAUGCGUUCCUCUGAUGUUGCCAUAGAGGCCAUUCCGCCUGGAAGUGAUGAGAGAGUGCACCUCUCAGCGCUCCCAACGGCAUUUGCAUUCUCUAUGGUUCAAGGUGUGGAGACUGUGUCCGAAGAAAAGGGGAGCGACAAGGCUCCCUCACUAUGCGGAGGCACUGAAGAGACUAAUGAAGAUACGCACGCACUCCGUCGUGAUGCUCUGGUAAAGACCGCAGUUUUGGGGGAAUAG